AACACGUCUGCGCUUGACCUCAUGCUACUCUAAACGUCCAUGGUGGAUCUGGCGCCCCGACCGCUGCCCUCGAUACUGUUACUCGGGCUGCUGCCCAUCGCAGCCUGGUUCGUCGUCAGGCCAUUGCUCGACCCAGUACCUCCCCUCCCAGCCCUAUACACUUGCUUUGGAUUCUCGAUAUUUGCGUUCUUGGCAACAUUGUAUCUUGUUCCUGCACUCGGGCCCACCUUUGUCAAGGCGAAUUUGAAGGGAAAGGACUUGUUGAAAGUAUACCACACGCCAAUCCCAGAGAGCCUUGGACUUGUUUGCGCAUCGGUUUACAUCCUGACUUUGCUGCUCUUUAUACCGUUCGCAUUUUCGGACUCUCUGUCUCAGAGAGCGACGACGCAUGAAGGCAUAUCUGUUGCCGAGUUUCCUCUCCAUCAAUUGUCCGUUUACCUUUCAUCGAUUCUUUCCCUCCUCAUCGCCACUCUACUCGGUUUCCUGGACGAUGUUUUCGACAUACGAUGGCGUCACAAGCUUCCCGUCCCAAUAAUCGCUUCCAUACCCCUUCUGAUUGUCUACUUUGCUGCGCGCGGUAACACACAUGUCGUCGUUCCUCUUCCUCUUCGAUGGGCAUUUGGAACCUUGGUGAACCUCGGGCCUCUAUAUUAUGUUUACAUGUCUCUGCUCUCCACUUUUGCGACCAAUAGUAUCAAUAUCAUUGCUGGAAUCAAUGGGUCCGAAGUCAGUCAAGCAUUGAUCAUUGCGGCGUCCGUCAUCUUAAACGACCUUCUCUACCUUCCGUGGCGAAUGGGAUUCCGUUUACCGCUUCACCUGCUUGGGAACAAGACCGAGCUUGAAUUUGGCGGCGUUUGGAGCGCUGGGAUGGCCUAUGGAAGCAAAGUGCUCGUGGAAAGACACCUGCUUAGCCUGUACUUCAUGAUGCCGCUUGUGGCUGUUUGCUUGGGCUUCUUAUAUCAUAAUUGGUACCCUGCCAGAGUGUUUCCCGGAGAUACGCUGUGCUAUGUCACGGGGAUGGCCUUUGCCGUCGUGGGCAUCCAAGCGCAUUUUUCGAAGACGCUGCUGCUCUUUUUUAUUCCGCAGGUGUUCAACUUUCUACUCUCAUGCCCUCAAUUGUUCGGCUUGGUGCCGUGCCCUCGGCACAGGGUUCCUAGGUUCGACGCGGAAACAAACCUCCUCCAUCCGUCCAAAGCCGUGUUUCUACGCCCACCAUCUGAAUUGACGACUGUGGUACUGAAGCUUAUGUCCGCGCUAAGACUAACGGAAACUACCAUACAUCCGAACUCUGGGGUAGUACUAGAAACGACGAAUUUGACGAUUCUAAACUUCUUCUUGCUCCAUUUCGGACCAAUGAGCGAGAAGAGCCUUGUGAAGGUUCUAAUGUGCUCUCAGGUUGCCGGAAGUAUUUUAGGAUUUAUUGUUCGAUAUGGGCUCGCGGGAUUGGUAUAUGAUGGCGAUAGACGGUAACCGUGGCGCCACUCCGUGAUAACCCACUAUGUAGAAGAUUGCACCACAGCGACGGGGGAUGCGGGAGGUCGGAAGCUUACGGGCCCCCGUACAAAAAGAUACUAACUUGAGAGAAUUUCCUCCGCUUGUAUCUGACACUAUAGAACUGAUAUUAUUGUAUGUACAAGGUAAUAAAGCGUAUUUACCCU